AUGCUCAUGAACUCGCCAAAUGUCAACAUUCACGGUGGUUGGAAUAAUGGCGAUAGAACCGCUGCGUCUAGCUCGGUUGGCAGUAUCAACAUGCUGGGAUCAGAGGAGAGUAGCAGCUCCUCGGAUGAGAUGGACCCGCUGGAUGCCGAGGAUAACGACGAUCCCAUGAUGGGCACACCGCAGGCAAAGAUGGGGAUAUCGUUUCCUGGAGGUAUACACGGCAGCAACCCAAGCUGGGCCACAAACAUGUUCUCGCCGGUGGCUGGAGGGAUUCCCAACUUUAUGAGCAUACAAAGAGCAAGGCUACGCAAGGGCAGGAGCAGGAAGAGCUCGAGCUCGGGACACAGCUCACUGGCAAGUCCUGGACCAGCAUCGCCGCCGAAUGGGAACGUAAAGGCCGAGAGCUACUUUGCGCGAGAAGCAGCGAUGCGUAAGGCUGGUUCACGUCGCGAAAGCCUUUCGCUCUUCGCCAACGACCUUCAUAUUUCGUCUGGCAACGACAGUGGAGACGAAGCCGCAGCUUUGCCGCAGACUCCAGGUGUGGUCAGGAGGCCAGUGGUCAGAAGAGGGAACAUGCUGCCAAAAUCACGGCAAUUUGGCCGCAUCAAGGCGGAACUUUUUGAAGAAUCAGCGCCUGUUGACAGCGAGGUGCGCCGCGAGGCGGAGAUUAUCCGGCAAGUACGAGAAGCCGAUGAUGGUCCCUCGGUUACAGCACAAUCGUCCCCAAGUCUACUGCCCUCAGCCCCCGACCUAGAUGGUCCACUGGGAGGCGUCCCUGAGCUUCCUGAAGAAGAGAGCGAAAGCAACAUGAGUCUCGACGGCUCUAACGCCAAAGGCUUAUUCGGCGCAUUCGGAUCUCUCCACUCCAAUGGACGUGGCUCGAUCAGUAGCGACUUCUGGAACUCGCGCGCGACUCAAACACCACCUCCACCGACAUUUCCUCGAGCAGAGUCGUCUGCAGUCAGCGAAGAUAUGAGUAUGGACUCGCCGACGAUCUCAUCAUCUCAUGGCUUCCAAGUACCAGACCAGAGCAAUGGCAUGGGAUGGGCCUCACGAGCCUCUACACCAGGACCUAUGUACCCACCUACUGCAGCCGAUGGCCUCAAAAAAUCCAAUAAGCGGCGACGAGAUGACGACUUUGAUGAGACUUCAAUGAAACGCCGUGCUGUCAGCCCAGGUGUGAGCGUCCAAAACAGUCCGAUCAUAUCACAAUCGCCAGCGCAGCGCGAUACCGGAUCAUGGGGCAAUGCGAAUAAGAAUGGUCGCGAAACCUCAAUCAGCGGACAAUCUAACGGUGAGCGCUCCAACAGCGGAGGAAGCAUGAGCAUGACUCCGACACUGGGACCCAAGAGGGUGGGUCUCAUGGGCAUGGAGAACGCGCAUGACGGGCUCAUGAAGAUGAGCAUCGAUCCCGCAUUGGACCCCUCGCCAAGCGCGACGGACGGCAUUGACCUCAGCUCCGCGACAUCGCCCAAACAGCGCCUCAAGCUCGCAAUUGCUACACAGCAUCGCCGAGAGCUUUUCACAGCCCAUCCAGAAUAUCUAGACAUGUCCGCAGACAAGGCUCUCGGCUCCUUCAUCGAGAGUGCGCCGCCCGGCGAGCUCGCAGAUGUCACCAAAGCAAUUAAAUCGAUCCUCGAGAAUGACAAUGUCGAGGCCCAGCUGGCUCCGGCGUACCAGCAAUACAACGAGGAGCAAUUCACCACCACCAAGCUGCCAGGCGGCGCCACCGAAGUGAUUGUCAGCCAGUACAACAGCCUAGGCGACGGGCGCUACUACGACGUGGAAACGCAGAGCUCAUUCGACUUCGAUCAUGCGACGGGCAAAGCAAGCGCCGUACAGAGCUACGUCAUGGAGAGCCAGCACGAGGACUUGAUGUACCUUCACCCACUCCUCCUGUUGACACGCAAUCCUAACCCUCCCCGCAGAAAGACCCUGAUCAAACAGCUCUCCACACACACCUCAGAACACUACCCCACCUCCUCCUACGCCAUAUUCCCCACCGCCGACGCUUCAGCCCUCGCCCUCCUUACCGUCGCCAACAAAUACUCGCCCACAAAUUACUGGAACGGCCGCUGGCGCAGCUCCUACAUCUACACCCCAUCGUCCUCCACCCUCGCCGGCGCCAUCAAAGUCGAUGUGCACUACUACGAAGACGGCAACGUGCGGUUGCUGACCAACAAAGACGUGUCGCUGAGCGGUGUCGCUGAGAAGGAUGUCGUCAGGCGGAUUGCCGACGUGGAGAAGAAGUAUCAGGAGGAUCUGAACCGCGCGUUUGGCGCGCUGAGUGAGGGCGCGUUCAAGGGCUUGAGGAGGCAGUUGCCCAUUACCAGGCAGAAGAUUGAUUGGGAUAAGAUCAGUGGCUACAAACUGGGUCAAGAUAUUGGGGGUGGAGGGAGAAGGUAGGCUGUGGGGAACAUGGUUGGGCGGAUACUCAGGACACGAGGAGUAGGAGCACGUAAGCAUAUGAACACGUCUCAGCCCCAUUUAGGGAUUGAGAGUGAAGUGGUGGUGUAGUUGUUCGUUUUCCAUCGCUCAAUAUGCAAGAUUGCUACUUGGAAUCCCGCAACAUGGGUCGCUGCUAUCGUGCCAUUCCAUCCCAGAAAGAGAAUUAGCCACGGUGACAAUCUCGCAGUCGCUUCUCAAACCUUAUUUUCUAUCCGGCGUCUCCGUCCUUCAAUUCCUUCGCAACCAGGACGAGCCAACCUGCUCAGGUUAGGUUACCAAUGCGCUGGUUGAUGGCCAAGUUUUUUUUCGGAUAGGGAAGACGCGCAUAGUUGGAUGAAGGUUGUUGAUAAUCUUCGUCCACUCAUGCUAGCGAGUAAUACAGCAAGGAUCACAACGUAUACACAACGUAACUUAGGAUGCCAUAGUGGCUGUUUGAUUCUUCCUUCAUUCCCUCUCCAAUCAAUUCAAUGAAGACAACCAU